AAGAUUUUGCCCGCUCCCCAUCCCGCACCACCUCCCCAGUCGCCACUAGCUUACGCCUGCUAACCUCCGCCACUUCCACCGGAAAACGUCGACAUGGCAAUUUCUCUGCAAUUCUCCCGCCUAUCCACCGCUACCAAGGACCUCGCCUUGCCCGAGCCAAGAAUUUCCCGCUGCCGGAAACCUUUCUCCGUGAGAUGCUCCGCUCCCGGCGAAGCUGCUCCUUCUCCUUCUGCUGCUGCUACUGUAGACUCCGAAUUUGACGCCAAGAAGUUCAGGCACAACUUAACUAGGAGCAAGAAUUAUAAUCGCAAAGGAUUUGGACACAAACAAGAGACUCUUGAGCUCAUGAACCGCGAGUACACCACCAGUGACAUCAUAAAGAAAUUGAAGGAAAAUGGAAACGAGUACACAUGGGGGAAUGUUACAGUCAAACUAGCCGAAGCAUACGGGUUUUGCUGGGGAGUUGAAAGAGCUGUUCAGAUUGCUUAUGAAGCUAGAAAGCAGUUUCCAACAGAGAAGAUCUGGCUCACAAAUGAGAUUAUCCACAAUCCUACCGUUAAUAAGCGACUGGAGGAGAUGGCAAUAAAGGAAAUCCCUGUUGAGGACGGCAAGAAACACUUUGAUGUUGUUGACAGGGGUGAUGUUGUGGUUUUGCCUGCUUUUGGAGCUGCUGUAGAUGAGAUGUUGACUUUGAGCGACAAGAAUGUGCAAAUAGUCGACACAACCUGCCCUUGGGUUUCUAAGGUUUGGAACACUGUUGAAAAGCAUAAGAAUGGAGCCUAUACGUCGAUAAUCCAUGGUAAACACUCACACGAGGAGACUGUUGCCACUGCAUCAUUUGCUGGAAAGUAUAUCAUAGUGAAGAACAUGGCAGAGGCAACAUAUGUUUGUGAUUACAUUCUUGGGGGUCAACUGGAUGGAUCUAGCUCAACCAAAGAGGCGUUUAUGAAGAAAUUCAAACAUGCAGUUUCGAAUGGUUUUGAUCCCGAUGCUGAUCUUGUCAAACUUGGUAUUGCAAACCAAACAACAAUGUUGAAGGGAGAAACUGAAGAGAUUGGUAAAUUAGUGGAAAGGACCAUGAUGCGCAAGUAUGGAGUGGAAAAUAUUAACACCCACUUCCUUAGUUUCAACACCAUCUGCGAUGCAACUCAAGAGCGGCAAGAUGCCAUGUACAAGCUGGUUGAGAAUCCACCGGAUCUUAUGCUGGUCAUUGGAGGGUGGAACUCAAGCAACACUUCACAUUUACAAGAAAUUGCUGAAGAUCGUGGAAUUCCAUCUUAUUGGAUUGACAGCGAGCAGAGAGUAGGUCCUGGAAACAGAAUAGCUUACAAGUUAAUGCAUGGGGAGUUGGUUGAGAAAGAGAAUUUUCUACCUGAAGGUCCCAUCACCAUAGGGGUAACAUCUGGCGCAUCCACCCCUGAUAAGGUCGUUGAGGAUGUCCUUGUCAAGGUAUUUGACAUCAAACGGGAAGAAGUCCUGCAGCUGGCAUGAAUUAGUUUUGCAGGAAAACAUGGUAGUAUUGCUUGUUUAUCUGUAAAACCAGCUGAAACUCAAAAGUUACGAGAAGCAAUAUAUGUAGUAUAAACAGGACGACCUUGUAGGUGUACACAAUACUGUGGCUCCGUUUGAAUUUGAUUGUUUUUC